UUCAAACUUUAUGUUUUUAUGAAUGACAUAAACAAAUUCUUUAUACCUUUUGAAAUAUAUCAUCCAAAUAUUUACUUGUAAGUAUUUGUCAGAUAAAUUUUUGUUUGAAAGUAGAGUUCCAGUGAAGGGUAAUUUUGUCAAAAAAUAAAAAAGAUUUCGGAGGUGUAUUUUAGGAUAGCGGGGAGGUGGAGAAAAGAAGCUCCCAGAUAGAAUGGUAAUAUCGAUGAGAGCCCAGUUUGUGUUGUGUUGUGUUGUUGAAAAAUAUUAUUAGUACUAAGAAAGAAGAAAUCAUCAAAGAAUAGAAUAGAAUAGAAUAGUUUGGGUGAUUUGAGAAGAGAAUAGAAGAGAGAAGAUGAAGGUACGUUCUGAAAGGGGAAGAACGAAAGUAGUGAUUAGGCAUUUACCUCCUUCACUAACUGAAUCCGAUCUCCUUCAACACAUCGAUAACCGCUUCGCUUCUCGCUACAACUGGUUCUCUUUCCGUCCCGGCAACACCAGUCACAAGAAUGAAAGGUAUGCUAGAGCCUAUAUAGACUUCAAUUCUCCCGAUGAUGUUUUGGACUUUGCUGACUUGUUCAAUGGACAUGUUUUUGUUAACCAAAAAGGUGUCCAGCAUAAAGCAGUAGUUGAGUAUGCACCUUCUCAGCGUGUUCCAAAGAAAACUACCAAAAAGGAUGGCCGCCAAGGGACUAUAUAUAAAGAUCCAGACUAUCUCGAGUUCCUCAAACUCAUCGCAAAGUCUCAGGAACAUCUUCCUAGUGCAGAAAUACAAUUGGAAAGAAAAGAAGCUGAGCAAGCUGGGGCUAGCAAGGAACCACCUAUCGUCACACCCCUGAUGGAAUAUGUUCGUCAGAAACGUGCUGUUGACAGUGGUCUACUGGUUUCAUCGGCGGCAACAAGAGUUGGCAGAAGAGCCAGAGCUGCUCUGCCCUGCAAGCCUGGGCCAGGUAAUACCAGACGAGCAUCUGAAAAGAAAAAGUAUGUUCAGAAGGACAAUAUCAAGAAUGCUAAUCGGAAAGACUCGAGAGACAAAUCAGCCUUUACUGUGGUCCCCAGGCGCGAGGAUCAGUCUGCUGAAUCAAGUAUAAAAGGAAUUUAUGAAAUUGACUCUUUUGUGAUUGAUGAAUAUCCAGUGCAUGGUAUUGAAGGUUCCAUCUCUGGAAUACCGCUGACUUCUGACUCAGGAAAGAAAAAAAUCCUUCUUCUGAAAGGAAAACAGCGGGAAACUCCCAAAGCCACCGAAGGCAUGGUAAAACAGCAAAAUGCCCAAUCUGCAAAUUCACCCAUUUCAUCUACUUCAAAACAGAACCAAAGGCGUGAAGCCGGUGGAAGAUUGAUUAGGAGCAUACUUCUAAAUAAUGAAUCUCGACAAAGUCAAUCUACAUCUGCUGCACAACAUAAGAUUCAAAUCUUAACUUCUGAGAAUGGGAAGCGGCCACCUCGUCCUUUUGGCUCAAGGUCUGGGUUAAGUGAUCAAGUGUCUAAUCAUGAUGCUGGGCAAGUUAAUUCUGAAGGGCAUUCUAAAAGGGAUUUGGAUGAAAAGUUUGUAAGGAGAGAUUUGCAUGGUUUGAGUAUUGCUGAUAAAACGGAAAAACGUACUAGAAACAAGGACAGGCCUGAUCGUGGUGUCUGGACACCUCUUCGCCGUUCUGAUUCUUCACAUAGUAUUGAGCACUCAUCAUCCUCAGUGGCACAGCCUACACCGUCAAAUCCUGAAUCAGUUGAAGGGGAAGUAAAAGAAAAUGUUUAUUCAGGAAACAGGAGUGGGGAAUUCUCAGCUUCUGCAGGUGGACGUAGCAGUUCCUUUGUUGAGAAUGGUUCACAAAGAAUUUUUACUCGCCGCGGGGCUCCCUAUAUAGCGAAGGAUGAUGGUGCAGUCAGUUUGAAUGAAGGGAAACUUUCAAAGAAAGGUGUUGUUGGGCAUAGUACUCAUGAGAAACAAGUUUGGGUUCAGAAAUCAUCUUCAGAUAAUGGACACUUGGAGGAAUUAAUGGAAUGUGCAAUGAAGCAUCGCCGGAGAAGCUGUGUUCGGUCAUCAGCACCACCGGAGGAGGAGGAGGAGGAGGAGGAGGAGAAGGAUUCCAAACAUUUUAUGAAAGCCAUACUUCCUCCACCCUUUCAUUCCAAACAAAUUAGAAUCCCCGAUGAGUUUAUAACAAGAUUUGGAAAUGAACUCAGUAAUGUGGCUAAGAUUACUGUUCCCGAUGGUCGUCGUCAAUGGAAUAUGGAACUCAAGAAAUGUGGCCGCGACGUUUUCCUUUGCAACAAAUGGCAAGAGUUUGCAGAAUACUAUUCUAUCAGUUAUGGUUGUUAUUUAGAUUUCAAGUAUGAAGGGAAUUCAGAGUUUAAUGUUGUUAUAUAUGAUACAACUUCUCUUGAAAUUUCUUAUCCAUCCAAAACUCCAAGUACUAAUGGAGAAUCAAACACAAAAGAUACUGCCAAUGAAUGCAACCCAAAAAACCCUUCUUUUCGUUCAAAAUACAUGAAGGCUGCACGGGGCCCAUAUGUGUAUGUUCCUUUUGAAUUUGCUGCAGAGUAUCUGAAGCUAAAGGUUCCAUUCAUGCUUCAAAAUCCUCAAGGAAAACAGUGGAAAGUUUCUUGUAUAAUGAAUAAUAAGCGAUCAUCAACAAUGCGAAUAAUUAAGGGACUUCCUAUUUUUGCUAGGGAAAACAAUCUGUUAAGGAGAUGUUUUUAUGUGUUUGAGCUGAUCAAGACGAAGCCUGUUGUUGUGCUACGAGUUACACCAUCUCCCACGCUUCGCCAGAAAAAUUCUGUCCCGUCAUCGGCAGAGGAGGAAGUUAGGGAAUCCAAACAUUUUAAGAAGGCCAUACUUCCCUCCCCCAUUCAUGCCAAACAAAUGAAAAUUCCAGAUAACUUCAUAACAAUAUUUGGGAAUGAACUCAACAAUGUUGCUAAAGUUACUGUUCCUGAUGGUCGUGUAUGGGACAUAGAACUGAAGAAAUGCGGAGAGAAUGUUUUCUUUUGCAACAAAUGGCAACAGUUUGCAGAAUUUUAUUCUAUAGAGUAUGGUUGCUACCUGUCUUUCAAAUAUGAAGGGAAUUCAAUGUUUAGUGUUAUUAUAUUUGAUGCAACUUCUGUUGAGAUUGUAUAUCCUCCAUUCAAAACUAAUGGAGAACCAAAAAGAAAGUGUGGACGUCCUAGGAAAAAGUCGAGGGUUGAAAUGAAUGAUGCUGAUGAUUUAGCGAGUGCUGAGGAUCAAGGAUCAAAGAACCCUUCUUUUACUUCCACCAUAAGGCAUCAACGUAUGAGAAUUCCAGAUGAGUUUAUAACAAGAUUUGGAAAUGAACUCAGUCAUGUGGCUAAGAUUACUGUUCCUGAUGGUCGUCAAUGGGAUAUGGAAGUCAAGAAAUGCGGCAACGACAUUUUCCUUUGCAACAAAUGGCAAGAGUUUGCAGAACACUAUUCUAUCAGUUAUGGUUGUUAUUUAGAUUUCAAGUAUGAAGGGAACUCAGAGUUUAAUGUUGUUAUAUAUGAUACAACUUCUCUUGAAAUUUGCUAUCCAUUCAAAACUUCAAGUACUAACGGAAAACCAAACAUAGAGUGUCCUAAAAGAGCAAAAGAUGCUGUCAAUGGAAUCAAUCCAAAAAACCCUUCUUUUUGUUCCAAAUCCUUUAGAGACAACUUUGCAUAUGUUCCUGCUGAAUUUGCUCCAAAGUAUCUGAAGCUAAAUGUUCCAUUCAAGCUCCAAAAUUCUCAAGGAAAGCAAUGGGAAGUUUCUUGCGUAUUCAAUAAAAAAGGAAAAUCAAUGCGAAUAACAACAGGAUUCCGUAAAUUUGCAAGGGAUAACAAUCUAUUAAAGGGAGUUAUUUAUCAUUUUGAGCUGAUCAAGAGUGAGCCGGUUGUUGUGCUCCAAGUUACAGAGGCCCCCCACACGCCAUGGCAGCAAAAGUGUGUCCGGUCAUCAGAGGAGAAGGGAGUUAGGGGUUUUGAACAUUUUAAGAAGGCCAUACUUCCUUCACCCAUUCAUGCCAGACAAAUUAAAAUUCCAGAUAACUUCAUAACAAUAUUUGGGAAUGAACUCAACAAUGAUGCUAAAGUUACUGUUCCCGAUGGUCGUGUAUGGGACAUAGAACUGAAGAAACGCGACAACGACGUUUACUUUUGCAAUAAUUGGCAACAGUUUGCAGAAUUUUAUUCUAUAGAGUAUGGUUGCUACCUGUCUUUCAAAUAUGAAGGGAAUUCAAUGUUUAGUGUUAUUAUAUUUGAUGCAACUUCUGUUGAGAUUGUAUAUCCUCCAUUCAAAACUAAUGGAGAACCAAAAAGAAAGCGUGGACGUCCUAGGAAAAGGUCGAGGGUUGAAAUGAAUGAUGCAACUUCUGUUGAGAUUGUCUAUCCAUUCAAAACUCCAAGUACUGAUGGAGAACUAAACACAAAGUGUCCUAGUCCUGGGAAAAGGUCCAAGGUUGAAACAAGUAAGAGUCAAGGGCAAAAGCUCAAAAGCAUGUCUAAACAUGCUUCUAAAAGAGCAGAGAUUGCUGCCAUCGAAUUCAAACCAAGCUACCCCUAUUUUCGUUCAAAAAUUUGUGAGCGAAGAUAUGUGUAUGUUCAUUGUGGUUUUGCUGCAAAGUAUCUGAAGCAAAAUGUUCCUAUAAAGGUCCAAAAUGCUCAUGGAGAAGAGUGGGAAGUUUUCUGCACCCCGAAUACUUUUGGGUCGUCGGAGAUGCGAAUAUCGAGGGGAUUUGCUUAUUUUCAAAGGGCCAACAAUCUAUCACACGGAGAUUAUUGUGUUUUUGAGCUAAUCCAGAAGAAGCCGGUUGUGCUAAAAGUAACAAUGUUUCGCAUGGUUGACUACCUUGAUUAACAACUUAUGCAUCCUCUCUACUCUGAUGAAUGAGGCAUGAUGUUGCAUGCUGCUAUA